UGAUAAUACCAGCUCCAUUUAGAGACUUCAGUCAACUCGGUGAUUCAGCCUCCAUCGAGUCCGUCUGUUACCUGAAGCGUGCAGAUCAAUCACGGACUGAGCUAUGUCUACAAAAGCACUGGCAAAAGGAAGCUCCGCACCAGGCCCUGUGCCUGCAGGAACAAUUCGCCUGUACAGCAUGCGAUUCUGUCCAUUUGCUCAGCGUGUCUGCCUGGUCUUGGAAGCCAAGAAAAUCAAGUGUGAAAUCGUCAAUGUCAAUCUGAUGAAUAAACCUGACUGGUUUCUGCAGAAGAAUCCCCUUGGUAUGGUGCCAACCUUGGAGACUUGCAAGAAUGAGCUGGUCUAUGAUUCUCCAAUCGUCUGCGAGUACCUGGAUGAUAUUUACCCUGCCAAUCGGCUUCUGCCCACUGACCCCUACGAGAAGGCCAAGCAGAAAAUGCUGCUGGAGCAGUUCAGUAAGGUGGUGGGUUACAUGUACAGGAUUCCAGUGGAAAAGAGAAAAUCCAUGGACACUUCCAAAUUGGAGGAAGAACUUCAAGUUCAACUCAGCAAAUUUGAACAGAAAUUGGCUGAUUUGAAGACUUCCUUCUUUGGUGGUGACUCCGUGACAAUGAUUGACUACUGGCUGUGGCCCUGGUUUGAACGCAUGGAUGCCCUUGGAUUCAAUAAGGUCCUGGAACAGAUGCCGAGGCUCAAGUGCUGGAUGCAACUCAUGCAGCAAGAUGCUGCCGUCAAGGCCUCGGGCUUUAGCACUGACGUUUACAGAGAAUUCUACGAGCUGUACUUUCAGCAUAACCCUGAGGCCUGUGACUACCAUCUCUGAGAACAGUCGCCCCCCGAUUAGAUUGAGCAGAGUAUACAAACAUCUGCUGUCUGCUUCAGACAGCACAUGGCAGGACAUCAAGGGUCUGACAAUAAACUGACCCAGGAGUCACACCAAAUGUUCUCCCAGCUUCUGAAUCAGUUCAACUUUGCAUUUCUCGUGGAGAUAGGAAAAAUUAAACUUGCAAAAGCCAGGAAUAGGACUGAGAAUACAGGGCCAGUAGGAGUUCGAUCUCACCCAGUCUCUGACCUUUGCUCCCAACGUUGACAGGCCGCUCACACACAGAGAGUGUGCCCUAGCUUUAUUUUUAGAUUGUCCUCUGGAGAAAUGAGUCCACACAACCAGGACUGGCUGCUGAAUUUGCAAACACUGGUUUAUUUUGGCUGCCUGCCUUUUACUGAGCAGCAUCGGAUUGGUUGAUAGGCCAGAGAUACUCAGCAAAUUCCACCCCUUGGGAUUUUUUUAAAAGAACACUUUCCUGUUUUUCUUUCGGUGUGACAAAUAGUCUUCUGCCUGUUUCACUGCGCCGAGCAGUCUGGGCCUGGCUAGAAAUUUGUCUUUAUGGUCCUCUCCCUUCCUAAAUGAUCAUGAAUCCUCAAAACCUUGCCCUGGCAUCAAGACACAAAUAUUCAGGGCUCCUUUUGCAACCUAGAGCUGUGCUCCUGUCUCCAAAGCACUCAGAACUUUGCUAAGCUGUGAAGCUCCUAGCAGUACUGGAUAUAUCAAUCUAAUUGUACACAUUCUCGCUGAGAUAUCUGUGUUUCUAUUUUGAACAGUCCAACUUCCUGUUUCACCCUGGCUGAUUUCAACCCUACCCUCAGACCGUUUGCAUUGUCACCUUUCCCUAUUUGAACACACAUUCCCAAUGACCCCCUCCCAUUCGUGUUGCCCAUUCCGUGGAAGAAUUGUGUGACUCCAGUGAAGCUCAAUGCCCUGAUGUCACUGCUGCUCAACGUCUUGAUGAAAAUUGCAGACAGAAUAAAAGAUGUUGUAAAGAGA